GAUACUUGCGCCAUGUGGAGGAAAAAUGGCGGCUAUCGUUGUCCCAUCCAAUUUAGUAAAGAAUUGGGAAAAAUCGGGGAAAGAUGAAGUGUUUCGUUUGUGCAAGAACUGCGUGCGAGGCAAAGAUGGAGAGCUUCUGGAACUAAACUUUCAAUGCGGAGAGAAUGAUCUUAAACGCGUGAUCUAUGAAGUAUUUAACCAUGUUAUUCAAGGGGAUCUAAGACAGGAAGAUGCUAUACCGCUCCUGUCAGAUGUCACGGAAGUCCAUUCAGGAUGUUCAUCACUGCUAGCUGACCUGAUAUGUAUCUUGGAUGUGGAGAGUCAGUGCACAGAGGACAAGCCCAGCAGGGAGAGGUUCUUGUCUCUGGUCGGAGCUUGCGUGGGAUUGGUUCCAGAAGUUCUGCUCAAGGAGAGGCUUGAAGUGGAGACAUUGGACUCACUAGGAAUCAUACAGUCAACAAAGGCUUUUAAUCAGAAAUAUGUCAGGACCAAGACUAAACUAUUCUAUAAGCAGCAGAAAUUUAAUCUUGUGAGAGAGGAGAGUGAGGGCUAUGCCAAACUGGUGACAGAACUGGGACAAGAAAUCAGUGGACAUGUCACCAGUGAGAGAGUUCUGGAGAACAUCAAGUCUCUAAUAGGGCGGUUCAAUCUUGAUCCAAACAAAACUCUUGAUGUGUUACUGGACUCGUUUGAAUGCCGCAUUGAUGUAGAGGACUUCUUUCUUCCUCUUUUGAAAUCAUACAUGGAGAAAUGUGAAUUCACUGCCCUCUGUCACAUCAUAGGCUUUAAAUUCCAGUUUUAUAAGGAGCAGCCUGACUUGCCCACCCCUCCAUCACUUUUCCAUUUGACAGCUCUGCUUAUAAAGCAUGGUCUACUCAACUUGGAUGACCUUUAUCUUUAUCUCAGUCCCUCAGAUGCAGACAUUGUCACCAGCAACACAACAAGAAUGGAUGAAGCCAAACAGGAAGCAAGGAAGAUGAACAUGGCUGUCUUAGCAGAAAUUGCUGCAGCAAAUAAUGAAGAAGGCAACAAGGAAAAUAAAGAAAAUGAUAAACCUACAAUUGUUCCAGAUAAUCAGAAGUUUGGUUUGUGUGAAGCACUGUUGAUGGUAGGUGCGUGGAAUAAUGCUUGUUCAAUUCUGGACAGAUUACCUCAGUUUGCUGCUGUGUCCCAUCCCCCCAUAGCCAAGGGAUUAUGCAAGCUUAUUCAUACAACCAUUGAACCUCUGUAUCGAAGACAUGCUUCCAAGGCAGCUAGAGGACGACCUUAUGCGCCUGUUCCAGGGGGGCCUCCACAAUGCAAAGUGUUCACUGAUCUUCCAGACUAUGUGUUUUCCAUGUUGCUUCAUCUGGGCCCUCAUUUGUCCACUGAUCCAAUCCUAAUGGCAAAAAUCCUGAGGAUCAGUAAAGGGUUCAUGAAAGAUCAUCCAAAUGUGUUUGAGGAAAAGGAGCAGAAUUCAGCUCAGGUUGAGAAAGUCUGGUGUGGAUUUUUGACCCUAAUGGAUGAAGUCCUGUUGCCAUCAAUUUCAUUAUUGGAAUGUAACUCCAGUUUGGCUGAAGAACUUUGGGCCAUGUUGUGUCGUUUUCCGUAUGAGCUCAGGUAUCGCCUCUAUGGCCAGUGGAAAAAUGAAUCUUACAGCAACCAUCCUAAAAUGGUUGUAGCAAAAGCAGCCACAAUAAAGAGAGCAAAAUACAUCACUAAGAGGUUAACUAAAGAAAAUGUCAAGCCCUCUGGAAGGCAGAUUGGCAAAUUGAGUCACAGCAAUCCAGGCAUAUUGUUUGAAUAUCUCUUGUCACAAAUUCAGAAGUAUGAUAACUUUAUUGGGCCUGUGGUGGAUUCACUGAAGUACCUCACUCCUUUGGCGUAUGAUGUUUUAGCUUAUUGUAUCAUUGAGGCUUUGGCAAAUCCUGAAAGAGAAAGGCUAAAACAUGAAGACACUAACAUCUCUGAGUGGCUCAAAAGUCUAGCUGUAUUUUGCGGUACUGUAUUCCGCAAGUAUUCCAUCGAGCUUACUGGUCUUCUGCAGUAUGUGGCCAAUCAGCUCAAAGCUGGAAAAAGUUUUGAUUUGCUUGUGUUGAAGGAAGUUGUUCAGAAAAUGUCUGGAAUAGAAAUAUCAGAGGAGGUGACAGCAGCGCAACUUGAAGCUUUGUCUGGUGGCGAACUUCUGAGGGCUGAGGGUGGAUACUUUGGCCAGAUUAGAAACACCAAGAAAUCUUCCCAGAGGUUGAGAGACACUCUCAUCGAGGGAAAGUUAGAUUUGCCGCUCUGCUUGCUCAUGGCUCAACAGAGGAAUGGCAUUGUGUUUUUUGAAGAUCCUGAUAGACAUCUGAAGCUUGUUGGAAAGCUCUAUGACCAGUGUCAAGACACCUUAGUACAGUUCGGUGGCUUUCUCGCCUCGCAGUUAACUGCUGAAGAGUACGAAUCACAUGUACCGUCCUUGGAUGUUUUAGGCCAAAGUUAUCAUCUAACACCUGACGUGGCAUUCUUUCUGUCUAGACCUAUGUUUGUCCAUCAGAUAGAUAUUAAGUACGAGGAAGCAAAGAAAGCAAUAGCUGCCAAAGGAAAACAGCUUCAACAAAAACAAAUUCUGCAGUGCUACAUUGAAGCCGUGAAUUCUGCGAUGGAGCCUGUGUUCCAGAGUGCACGGCUCUUGCAGGCACCAAGAGUCUGGAAUAGUAUCAGUCCUCAAUUGUAUGUGACUUUCUGGGCGCUGUCCAUGUUUGAUCUGUAUGUACCAUCCGAGAGAUACGAACAGGAACUGAAUAAAUUGAAACAACAACAAGCGCAGCUGGAUGAUAACAAGGAUAUGCCGGUCAGCAAAAAGAAGAAGGAAAAAGAGAGGUGUUCUCUUUUAGUGGAAAAAUUGAAAGAAGAGUUUAAACAACAGGAAGAACAUAACCAAAGAGUGAUGGCAUCGCUUAAACACGAGAGAGACUCAUGGCUGCCAGCUAAAGCGACAAAGAGUGAGACCAUUACACAGUUUCUUCAGCUCUGUAUGUUCCCGAGAUGUGUGUUUACUGCGAGCGAUGCUGUGUACUGCGCCAAGUUUGUCCACAUGCUGCAUAAUCUCAAAACGCCAAACUUCUCAACACUGCUCUGCUUUGAUAGAGUAUUUUCAGAUAUUUCCUACACAGUGGCCAGCUGUACAGAAAAUGAAGCCAGUAGAUAUGGUCGGUUUUUAUGUUCAAUGCUUGAAAUAGUUAUGAGGUGGCACGGUGACAAGAAAACAUACGAUAAGGAAUGUGGAACUUAUCCGGGAUUUGUUACAGUUUUAAGAGCUACCAACAACGAUAAAGCUGAUCAUUUGGACUACGAGAAUUACAGACACGUUUGCCACAAGUGGCAGUACAAACUCACAAAGGCUCUUGUGGUGUGCUUAGAAUCUAAGGAUUAUACUCAAAUAAGGAACACGAUUAUGGUGUUAACCAAGAUUUUGCCCUAUUACCCUAAAGUGUUAAAUCUUGGUCAAGCGCUGGAAAGAAGAAUUGAUAAGAUCUGUGAGGAGGAGAAGGAGAAACGACAGGAUAUUUACACGUUAGCUGUAGGGUAUGCAGGUCGUUUGAAAGUUAAGAAAAGAGAUAUGGUGAUAGAGAGCGAAUUCCAUCACAAGGAAAAGCCUCUUGCAACCACUGCUCCGUCGUCAACUCAGAGUGAACCUGUUGCUGUCAAACAGGAAAAAACCGAAGCUCAACCAACUUCCACGGCGACCUCGGACUCAUCAAAAUCUGCAAAGAACGAUACAGAUGUGAAGCCGAAGCUCUCAGUGAACAUCAAAAAAGAGCCGGAGAACUCAAAAUCGUCGAGUCCCAACUCGACCAAAACCGACAACACGCCCACAUCUCAAGAAAAAUCAGCUGGCAAAUCAAGUGCAGGCUCAUCUAGUGCGAAAUCAUCUGGCACCAGUACCCCAAGUGGUCAAACUGACUCGCCUGGAAAAAAUACGCCUAGUAACAAAUCCAGCUCUACUAGUGGUAACUCAAAUCAGCCAGGAUCCAAAACUGUUGCGUCAAAUUCAACCUCAAAAGGAACGAAAACACCCACCAGCGCUAAAAACUCAGAAGGAAAUACGAACGGAAGUGACGUGUCUACUGGCAAAAAGACCGAGUCCAGUAAACAAAAGCUCAAGGACAAAGAAAAAGAAAAAGCUACGGAAAAAGAACAAAAUGACAAACCCAAAGAAAAGUUGAAAGGAGAAAAAGCAGAGAAGGCUAAGGAACAGAAAACGAAGGACAAAGAGAAAGAGCGAAGUAAGAGUCUUGAAAAGGAAGGAAAAGACAAAGUGAAAGAACGACUGAAAGAUAAGGAAAAAGAACGGUCGGGAAGUAAAAGUAAACAUUCCUCCCCGGCUGUGCCUGAGUCGCCGCGUGAUGGAGAGUACGAAAAAGAAGCGAAGCGUCGCCGACUUGAAGGCAUCUCUUCGCCAUCUUCACAGGAGAACUCUCCGUCGCAGGUUGCUGGUGAUUCUGAGUCAUUUAAGAGUCCUGAAAAUCAGGAACGGAAAUCAAAACUGAUGGAUCACGAAAAGGAAAAGACCUUAAAAUCGGACAGGAAACGGACUUCGUUAGAACAAGGUGAAGGAAAAGAAGCCAAAAGGAGGAAAGAAGACGGAGAAAAUACAGUUACUGUAUCCAAGACAUCCAAUUCGCACGGAUCAGACGCAAAAGUCAAAGUGAAAGGCGAGGAGAAAUCAAAAAUGGUGAAACUUGCUAGGAAACCACCAGCAGAUGGUUCACCUCCUGGAAAAAAGGAGAAGGAAAAAGCCAAAGAUAAAGAAAAAGAUAAAGACCGGGAAAAGGAAAAGGAAGUUAAACCAACUGCGAGUAAAAAGAAAGAGUCUCGUCACCUUGAAGUCAAAGACUCUGAACCCAAGGAAGAACAGGAACGGCCAAGGAAACAUCAUUCCAAGUCAGGAUCGAGAAAUCGCAGAACAUGAGUAUGGAAGAUCUGUGAAGUGAUUAUUUCUCUUUCAUGAUUCCUUUCGCGGCACCCAGAAGUAAAUUUUUUUACAGAAAUAGUUUGAAAAUGUACACGUCUCUUCAGAAAGCUGGGCGCUCCUACAGUGCAGAUUUACACCAAUUUUUUUUUAAGCGUUCAACAUCUUGAUGUUGUAGGGUUUUCCCAGAUUUUCCCUCCGCUGUUUAUUCACAGUCAGGGUAGCGGAAGUGACAUUGUGUAGUUGUGAUUACGUCAGUUUUCAAGUGUUUUAAUUUUUGAAACGUUAUGUUAGAAAUUAGUGUGGAAUAACCAGUUUGUCUGUGGGAGAGACUAUUUUGAAUCCAAGCAACAGAACUGAAUAAAAUUCAUCUUUGUACAGAA